AUGUCUGAAAAAAAUAGGGAAAAUGUUAAAGUAGCUUAUGCAGAUCCUUCAAAUUUGGUGAGAAUUAAUAACAAUCAGGGGGAGAGCUUUUACAACCCUUACAUUCCCAAAGUCUUGGAGGAAUUGACUGCCAAGGGACUUAUUGAGGAAAGUAAUGGUGCUCGGGUAAUAUUCAUCGAGGGGCAGCAGAUUCCUUUGAUUGUUGUGAAAAGGGACGGUGGGUACAACUAUGCUUCAACAGAUUUAGCAGCUCUAUGGUACCGUCUCAACAUAGAAAAAGCAGAGUGGAUAAUUUAUGUUACAGAUGUUGGUCAAUCACUGCACUUUGAUAUGUUUUUCAGUGCAGCAAGAAGAGCUGGCUGGCUUCCAGAUGUGAAGAGCAAUCUCUAUCCUAAAACAAAUCAUGUUGGUUUUGGUCUUGUUCUUGGAUCGGAUGGCAAGCGAUUCCGCACGCGAAGUUCCGAAGUUGUUCGAUUAGUAGAGCUGCUUGAUGAAGCGAAAAUUCGCAGUAAAACUGAACUCGUUAAACGGCUCGAGGAUAAUGGAAAACUCAAGGAGUGGACGGAUGAAGAGCUUGAAAAUACCGCUGAGGCUGUUGGCUAUGGUGCUAUCAAAUAUGCAGAUCUGAAAAAUAACCGGUUGACUAAUUACACCUUCAGUUUUGACCAAAUGCUAAAUGACAAGGGAAACACUGCCGUCUACUUGUUGUAUGCUCAUGCCCGUAUCUGUUCCAUCAUCAGGAAAUCUGGCAAAGACAUUGAAGAGCUAAAGAAAUCAGGGACGCUCGUGCUUGGUCACGCCGAUGAGCGUUUUUUGGGGCUUCAUCUUAUACAAUUUGCAGAGGUAGUUGAAGAGGCUUGCACUAAUCUUCUUCCAAAUGUUUUGUGCGAGUAUCUCUACAAUUUGUCGGAAAUAUUCACAAGGUUUUACACUAGCUGCCAGGUUGUUGGAUCUUCAGAAGAAACUAGCAGAUUGUUACUGUGCGAGGCAACAGCAGUGGUAAUGAGGAAAUGCUUCCAUCUACUUGGGAUCACACCUGUCUUCAAAAUAUAGAACUGCAUUAUUAUUAUUAUUAUUU